AUGGACCUAAUCAGAGGCAAGGAUUUAAAGACAUUCAUCAAGUACAAAAGACAGAUAUGUAUGACAAUGAACUCACAAUAUGGUGAAGAAGAGAGGCUAGAGCCUACACCACAUGAAAUGGAAAAAUUAUUGCAGGAGUAUGAAGAUAAAUUCCAGGCUCCAAACUCAUUACCUCCAAACAAAAGUGUAGACCAUGAGAUGCCCCUUAAACCAGAUGCUCAACCUUUCAAAUUGAAACCUUGCAGGUACCCUUAUUGCCACAAGAAAGAAAUAGAGAAUCAGGUUGCUAAGAUGCUACAGAAAGGCAUAGUUAAAUACAGCAACAGUCACUUUCCUUCUCCUGUAUUGCUGGUCAAGAAGAAAGAAAGAACCUGA